CCGCCCGGGGCCUGCAGCUGACAGGAAGCGGGGAAACGGCCGCGGGCGGGUAGGAUGUUGCUGGUGCUGUCGGAGGAGCACAAGGAGCAUCUGGGCUUCCUGCCCCGCCUGGACUCUGGGCAGGUCAAUGACAAAGUGCCAAUCUGUGUCCUCUUUUCAGGAAAACUCAAUGUUACAAGUGAUGUUGUUCAACAUGGAGUCGAAGGACUAACGUAUCUUCUCACUGAGAGCUCUAAGCUCAUGAUUUCUGAAAUAGACUUCCAAGACUCUGUGCAUGUUCUGGGAUUCUCAGAGGACUUGAACAAGUUAUUACUUCAGCUUUACCUUGACCAUAGAAAGGAGAUCCGAAGCAUUCUUGGGGAAUUGACACCAGAACUACCCAGUUAUCAUAGCCUUGAAUGGAGAUUAGAUGUGCAGCUUGCCAGUAGAAGUCUGAGACAACAGAUUAAACCAGCUGUGACUAUGAAGCUGCACCUUAAUCAGAAUGGUGAUCAGACUACCAAAGUGUUACAAACUGACCCUGCUACACUUCUUCAUCUGAUUCAGCAACUAGAACAAGCCUUGGGAGAAAUGAAGACGAACCAUUGUAGGCGAAUAGUACGCAACAUGAAAUAACAUUUAAUUGUGACUAUCAUCUCACUAAUACGUGAAAUGAGAGUUAAAAAAAAAAGUCAAUGUUCACAGACAUAGUUUGAAGAAAAUAAGCAUCUGGAUCAGAUGAAAACCUUUCCUGUGCCAAAAACUUAGGCCAGUGUUUAUAGGCUGAACAUCCUUUGGUGAUAACUCUACGAAGCUACUUACUGUAAGAUCAAAUAACUGUCUUAUGCUUGAACUGCAUUAUUGGAAAUUCUACAUACUGCUUAUAGAUGCUUUUUUCACUCAAAAUUAGUUAACUUACUUGAAGAGCUUCUUUUUUUUUUUUUAAUGUAGGGCUGCUUCAGUGUAAUUCAAAGUUGCAGAUUCAUGAAUACUUAUCAAACAGUGUUUUGGUUGUUUUCCUUCCUUGUUAAAAUAAAAAAUAAACUAACUAGUUUGGCAUGAUGUUUUACCAGAUUCUUAUUUGUUUGAUCACUGAAAAUAACUUUAAAAUGCUCUCCUCUUCCAGACUGGAAGCCAAAUUAAUAUUUCAUAGGAAAUUUAGUUUCCACUGAUUUCAGGAGUAGAAGCAGGAUAAAGCAGGAGUUUAUUAACAUCUUACUGUUUUAACAGUGUAAGGAUGUCAAUAAUAUAAUAUGGUAUCGCAACCCUGACUUUUAAGAAGGCACUUACCUACCACAGGAAGGCAGUCAGUAAUAGCUUUCUUAUGGAAUUAGGUGGUAUACAAAACUCAGUGGCUGUGCAUAAAUUAAUAACAAAGGUUAUCUUAGCAAUAGCAAAAAUAUAAUUUUGAACUUAGCAAUGACGACAGCUUUCAAAGAAAGCUGUUAAGAAAAUGCAAUGAAGUGCAACUCUUGCUUCAUUCUUUUUUCAGUUCUGAUUAAACCAUUCUGUGGCUUAGAUUUCAUAUUUACAAGUCGGGUAUAGCAGCCUUUGUUUUUCCGUUUCUUCUGCUACUGUGGAGAGAGAGAUUUAUAAUAGAAACAUUGACUUAAUUAUUGCAACACAAAUGGUAUUACUCUAAAGAAGUCAGUGUCUAAUAGUGAUGAUAAAUGCAGAAGUCCCUUCAUUCACACUGAAAUAUAACAUUUUAUAGCUUUUGUAACUGGGCUGUUAAAUAUUUUCAUUGUGUUGUUUUCAUUGUGUUGUUUACUAAUGGGAGUGCAUUAUAUAUCACAGAACUGUUACUGGAGAGAGGCUCAAAGUUUUGUGCUCCUAUCAUAUUGUCUUCCCCUUCUUCCACAAUGAUGUGAUAAAGACUGCUUCUGUCAUAUAAAAUAAAUUUUCUGUUUUCAAAUCCA